AUGAUAUUAUCCAAUAGUGAUGGCCUUCUCAAACUGCGUGCACUAUUUUCCCAGGUAUUCCGAAAGGACCUUAUCAGUGCCAUGAAAAUUCCAGAUUCUCAUCACGUUAAUCCAGACAGCUAUUACCUCUUUACGGAUACAUGGAAGGAAGAAUGGGAAAAAGGAGUCCAGGUACCAGCCAAUCCGGACCAUUUUCCACAACCUUCCCUCAGGGUUACAGCUGAGAAAGCGAAGGAUGUCCAGUUUGUUCAACCCCGGAAAUAUAUUCAGUGCUCCAGCUCUGAGUCCACAGAGCCUGGCUGCCCUAACAUUCUGGAAUUGGCAUCUGCUGUCUGCCGCUACGACCUAGAUGAUAUGGAUAUUUUCUGGCUUCAGGAACUUAAUGCAGACCUUGCAGAAAUGGGUUACGACCCAGUUGAUGAAAAUCUUUUGGAAAAGGCAAUAGAAGCCAUGGAACGCCGAUGCCAUGAAAAUAUGAGCCACGCUAUUGAGACAGAAGAAGGGCUCGGCAUCGAGUAUGAUGAAGAUGUGAUCUGUGAUGUGUGCCGAUCUCCAGACAGUGAAGAAGGAAAUGAUAUGGUAUUCUGUGAUAAGUGUAACAUCUGUGUGCAUCAGGCCUGUUAUGGCAUCCUCAAGGUCCCUGAAGGAAGCUGGCUUUGUCGCUCCUGUGUACUAGGCAUUCAGCCACAAUGUCUGUUAUGUCCAAAGAAAGGAGGUGCCAUGAAGUCCACCAAGACAGGGAGUAAGUGGGCUCAUGUCAGCUGUGCCCUGUGGAUUCCAGAGGUAAACAUCGCUUGCCCUGAAAGAAUGGAGCCAAUUACAAAGAUCUCCCAAAUUCCACCCAGCCGGUGGGCCUUAGUCUGCAGCCUGUGCAAGAUAAAAACUGGAGCAUGCAUCCAGUGUUCCGUGAAAAGUUGUAUCACUGCAUUCCACGUUACCUGUGCCUUUGAGCACAACCUGGAGAUGAAGACCACACUGGAUGAAGGGGAUGAAGUGAAAUUCAAGUCAUACUGCCUCAAGCAUAGCCAAAACAGGCAGAGUCUCAGGGAGGCUGAGUUCCCCCCUUCUAGGGCCGCAGAGCAGAGCCAGGCCAAAGGCGAGAGAAUCAGCCCGAGGGAUCAGAAGCUUCGGGAGCUAGAGGAGGAAUUCUAUUCCUUUGUCCGCGUGGAAGACGUGGUGGAAAAGCUGGGGAUGCCCACACUAGUUGUGGAUUAUAUCUAUAACUACUGGAAGCUGAAGCGCAAAAGUAAUUUCAAUAAGCCAUUGUUUCCUCCGAAGGAGGAUGAGGAAAAUGCGCUGAUACAGCCAAAAGAAGAAAACAUUCACACCCGCAUGCGAAUGUUUAUGCACCUCCGGCAGGAUCUGGAACGGGUCCGAAAUCUGUGCUACAUGAUAAGCAGACGUGAGAAGCUGAAAUUAUCACAAAACAAACUACAGGAACAAAUCUUCGAUUUGCAAGUCCAGCUUAUUAACCAAGAAAUUGCUGCAGGACUUCCUUUGACAAUUACACCAGAAAUCUCUCUGUUCUACCCACCACCAAGAAUUACCUUGAAGUUAAAAAUGCCCAAAUCAGCCGCAGAAGAUUGCCGAAAUGGCUCCAUAGAGACUGACCACCAGUACUGCUCUCGUGACAGCACCUCUUCUGCUCAGGACAUAAGAAGCCUGCAGGCCCUUCAGGAGUCUCUGGAAAUGAGAGUGCAGUCACUCCAAAGGCUUCCACAAGAGAGCAAGAAUAACUGUUUGCCAGCCACUCUCAGCCAUUCCAGAAGUGGAACCAAGGAUUCCAGCCCCAGCUGGAGAAGUUCAGCUUUGGAGUUCCACCACGGGCAGGCACAGGGAAAGCCUAUAGUUCUUCAGGAAGCCAUCCAGGGACAGUCUUCCAUUGGGAAUGGGAAAAGUCAGCCGGGUGCCAAGUUUGCUGUAUCUAAUGGCCUGGAGGGCAGCUGGUCUGGGAAUGUCUCCCAAACCAACAGCUCCCAGGAGAUGUUCUCUAACCAGGAGACCAUGAGCACCCCCAACUUGGCUAGUCAAUGCAGCUUUAGAAAAUCCACUGUGGAUCACUUCAGCAGGUCUUUUAAAGAGCCCACCAAAAGGUGGGUGAAGUCCAAUGAGGACCUCCAGUGCUACAUGAAACCAACUAAGCAUGUGACCCCCAGGGAACAGUUCUGGGAUAUGCAGGUUCUCAGGCAGUCUGCAGAGCAAGCUCCCUAUAAUGAGAAUGAGAAUGAUGGGUAUUGCCCAGAUGUGGAGCUGAGUGAUUCAGAAACAGAAAGUGAUGGAAAUAGAGGAAAAGUCAGGGUAAAGAGAGAGAGCUCAGAUAGGGAGAAUCCUCCCCAUGAUUCCAGACGACGGGAGUACCAUGGUAAAAGCAAGGCACAUUCCUUUUCCCACAGUUCAACACAGAGGUGAUGAGACACUCUGAAAUGAUGAUGCGGCCUUUUCCUUUGUCCCAUAAAUUGGGGAAAGCCUGUAGACCAAAAGCAUUCCUAGUGUAUGUUAGAGGGAGUUGAGAAAAGAAUGAGAAUUUUCCAUGGUAAAUUUGCUUGCAGUUUUUUGAAAAGAUCACAAGUCUCAUUUUCACAAGCACAUUACAAAAAUUGCACAUUGUCCAGAGGUUGGUUUGUCAGAGGUUAUUGGGAAUAGCUGGGCCCAGAGUAUUUGUCAAAUAAAUACAGGACAGCUUUCCAAUUACAUUAACACAUUGACAAAUACAUGUAUCAAGAGUCCUUGCAUCACUAACAGAUUUGCAAGAGACCAUGAUUACCAGACACUAAAACUAUUUAACUUUGACAACUACAACAUGUGACUCUGAGAUCUCCUGUCUGUAGUAAGUUUCUAACUCCACUGGUAUCUCUAAACUUUAGAGGGGAGACCAGGAGGAUGACUCUCGGAUACUGUCAAACUCACUACCCUCUUCCUUUGCUCUGUGCAAGGUUGAGUUCCUUUCACAGUAUCUUGACAUGUACUGACUCAAUAUUGCUACUGCCUACCAAGUGUCCAGUGCCUGUUCCUAGAGUUGCUUGUUGGGAACGCACUCAUAACUGUUGUAUUUCAUACAGCUAACAAGUGUAAGAGGCUAACUUGUUGAUAGUGUUUACAGAAGUACGAAAGUACUCCUUUCAAGGAAAAUGCUCUGAUUCUCUGUCUGGUCUUUUGUGAGGAAUCCCAGAGCCUUUCCCAAAGUUGAGAUUGCUAGGGUAUUUGUACCAGGUCAGGGGUUUUGUGUUGUUGUUUUCAAAUCAAUUUGACUAAAAUUAGUUUGGCUGACAGUUUUUGUAUACCUGCUUUAAUGUUUAUAAAGUUUUUAUUGAGGUAUAAUUAAAUAUAAAGUGCACAGAGGUUAAGUAUUCUUACCUGCUUUAAUUUUGAAACAGAUUUUUAUUGUCAAACAGAAUUUGAAAGCAUGUGUUUAACACAUGGAUAUAAUUUAGCUUUGUAGCAAUUUUGAAUCCAAGGCAAGUUCCCAAACAGAAAAGCUGGAGCCAUUUUUUCAGAAAUUGCUUAUUACUCUGUUCCCAAACUAUUAGCCUUGAAGAAUUUUUGGGAGAAAGAGAAUAAUUGUAUUUGGGGAGGGUGAAUAAAAACAUGUCUGCUUCCCAUUUAAAGAAAAGAGAAAUGUUGCAGGUUUUAGAAUGUGAAGCAGAAUAUGAGUCUCAGCUCUCUUUUCUUCUUAGCCUUAAGUUAAUAUUCUCUUUCUUCUGGUUUGGGAAAGUGUAGUAGUUAUAACAUUUUUGGACCAAAAAAAAAAAAAAAAGGUCACAUUGAAUUGUUAAAAGUUUCUGACUGGGGCAACCAGCCUAAGUGCCAGUCAGUCAAGCAAGGGCCCUCUCGCCAUCCAUAUGGAAAACUGGGAGUUCCUCCCCGCCAGCUGCCACUCGGCUUUUGUCCAUAAAGCCUUGUGAUGGGGUUCCUUUGCUUUUUGCUCUCCUGUUAAAUCGUGUGUAUUUUGCUUCUCCCUUGACCACAAAUUUGAAAAUUGCUUCUGUGCCUAUGUAUGUGUGUGAACAUGCCAUAGCAUGUUACAGGUGUCCUGUAUUUUGUUUGAAUGGAAAAAGCUAUGAAAAUUAUCCAACGGAGGAAGAGCCUUUCCCCCGUUGGUGCACUAGAUUUCUAUGCUUUGUUCUUGCAUUCUCCCGGGUAACUGUGCAUUUGGCACCUUCAUGGAAAUGAGAUUCUAAUGGAGCUAUGUUGUAAACUCCUUAUCUCAGAGGCCAACGCAAGAGCCGGGCUGCUUUCAUGCCGUGCAGUUCCAAGUGAGAGGAAGAGCAGCCAUCAGAAGAAUGCUUCAGCCAAAAUCCAUAAGUGUCAUCAUUGGGAGAGGAUUGACUACAGAUCAUUCCAGUCAGGGAAAUAGAGUUAUGAUAUUUUUACAGGAUUUUCCUAGGUAAAUGAAGGAGCCUUUCUGUUACCCCAAAAUACGUUUGCUACGUUUUCUUGUUAUUUGAAGUAUUACCUCUAAAGCUUCUUUAUUAAUUUCUUUUCAUUUUGUCUUAUAUGGCCCCAUUUUCCAAGAUAAACUCGGUCUUUUUUCAGCUGUCUCCUUUUUACCAAUACUUUUUCAUUAAAUUAUGAAAA